AGAUAUAUGUCUAAGAGAAUUGUGAUAGUAGGUCUACUCACUGGUCUACUAGUGUUUGUUUUCCGUGCGUUGGUGUACGAGGAGUCUGCACAAACAAGUUGGUUUACACAAAGGACAGCCACUGAAGGUACCAAUGGCCAUGUAGCGUCAGGCGGAACAAGUGAUGCAGCUGCUGUUGAACGCAUUCUUGUUCUUUAUGCAUAUUUUGAAUCUCCUGAACGAAAAGCCAACCUUCAAUUCUUCUUGGAUUUUGCCAUAAAGGACACAAAAAACAUUGAUUAUGUCAUCAUAGCGAAUGGGUUCACGUGUACAGCAGAUAUACCGACACAGGAUAACGUACAUGUGAUAAAACGAGAGAACAAUGGCUUUGAUGCGUGUGCAUGGAAACAGGGUCUUGAAAAGAUGAAGAGAGAAAAGGGAGAAAAUUGGUACAAAUAUGUAUUUUUUAUGAAUGCAUCAGUGCGUGGACCCUUCUUACCCACUUACUUAGCAGAUCAGGACUGGACUUCAUUAUUUACAAAACACUUAUCAGAAGACAUCAAACUAGUUGGAACAAGUAUUUGCUGUCCCCACCCAAGAUAUCCUAAAAAUAAGUUACAUUUGCAAUCAAUGUUUUUGCUUACUGACCUGGCUGGACUUAGGAUCGUUGAGCCUAUGCUUCAAUGUGGUUACACUGACAAACAAUCUGUAAUCGAUAACGUUGAAGUAAAACUGUCCCAAGCAUUUAUAGAAGCAGGGUAUAACAUUGCAUCAAUGUUGAAACGCUGGGAAGGUCACGACUUCCGAGAUGAGGAAACUACACGUAAGAUGUGCAAACAUGACAUCAAAGGGAAGCGUUAUGGAGAUCCAUACUUUCAAAAUUUGUAUUUUUCGAACAUUAAUAUAUCGCCAUUUGAGGUGAUAUUUUUUAAGACAAAUAGAAGGGUAAACAAUGACCUUGUAAACGCGUAUACUCAAAUGAUGUAUGAACAAAUUAAAAACAAGUUGGAAAAUUGAUAGGUGUUAUAUAACAGGUUGUCUGUCUGUAGAACUAUCAUGGUUUGUUGAACUAACACGG